UCGUCGCUGCGUCUCUCUCUCUCUCUCUCUCUCUCUCUCUCUUUCUCACUGCUGUUCCCAAAAACAGUUUCGGCUUCUCUUCUCCGGCGAGGGCCGACGACGGCGACCGUCGCAAGGAAGGAAAGAGAAGGAGCCCGUUGGAUCCGGCUGGAUUGGAUUAGAUUAGGACCGGAUCAUCGCGGCGAGGCAGAUGCGCUGAGCUCUCAUCGGGUUGAGUGAGCGAUGGGCGACCUUGCCGAUCUCGCGUUCGCGGACGAGGCAGCGCGUUCGCAUCUCGCCGGCGGCGGCCGGCGGGACAGGCUGGCGGCGCUGCUGGAGCUCGCGGCAGCGGACGAUGCCUCCGGGUUCCGUGAGGCUCUCGCUGGGGGAGUCGAGGAGGCGGCGGCAGAGCUGGCUGACGGGGUGGGACUGUGGUACGGCCGGAGCAAGGCGUACGAGCCGCGCACGCCGCUGAUGGUCGCGGCGACGUACGGCAGCGCGGCCGUGGUGUCGCUGCUGCUCGGCCUGGGCUGCGUCGAUGUCAACAGACGCCCCGGUGUCGACGGAGCCACCGCGCUGCAUUGCGCUGCGUCCGGCGGCUCGCGUAACGCCGUCGCCAUCGUCAAGUUGCUCCUGGCUGCUGGCGCCGACCCGGUCACACCCGAUUCCGCUGGCCGCUGCCCUGCCGACGUCAUCCUGGCUCCUCCUGGUUUGCCGGACGCCUUGGGCGAUCUGGAGAUGCUCCUUGGUCGCCGCAGAGGGCUCGCUGUAGCGACCUCGGUGCCAUCGGGCUCGUCGUCCCCGCCACUGUCGUCCUCGCCGGAUGAGGGCAACAGGUCGCUAUCCUCGAGGUCGUCUUCGUUGUCUCCGAUUACGGUGGACCGUGGCAAGAAGGAGUACCCAGUGGAUCCGACGCUGCCGGACAUCAAGAGCAGCGUGUAUGCCUCCGACGAGUUCCGCAUGUUUGCGUUCAAGGUGCGGCCCUGCUCCAGGGCAUACUCGCAUGACUGGACGGAGUGCCCAUUCGUGCACCCCGGCGAGAACGCCCGCCGCCGUGACCCCCGCAAGCACCCGUACACUGCUGUGCCUUGCCCCAACUUCCGCCGCCCUGGUGGCUGCCCCAGCGGUGAUAGCUGUGAGUUCUCCCAUGGCGUGUUUGAGAGCUGGCUCCACCCGUCGCAGUACCGCACCAGGCUCUGCAAGGAGGGUGCAGCUUGCGCCCGCCGCAUCUGCUUCUUCGCUCAUGAUGAAGAUGAGCUCCGCCAUGUGCCUCGCAAUAGCGGCGCAGGUCUGCUGUCUCCCCGUGCCUCAUCUAUUGAUAUGACUGCAGCAGCUGCUCUUGGGCUUCUUCCCGGAUCUCCUACCAGGCACUUUGUGCAGCCACCUGGGUCACCAUCUUCUGCGAACAAUGGUGAAGGUGCUGCUGCUCAUUGGCUCCAAGGUAGCAGGCUGCGUUCUUCUUUCAAUGCAAGGGAUGCACAAAUUGAUGACCUUGGUGCACUCCUGGAAUGGGAAUCACAGUACCUUGGGGCACUCAGCCUCCCACAAAGCAGCCGAUCCCAACCCCGUCUUUCUACUGGUCUGAGCAUUCGGCCAACAGCGAUUGCUCCAACUAGCCUUGAAGAAAUGUAUGCUUCAGACAUGGCAAUGUCGCCAAUGUUUUCUAAUGACCAAGGUCACUCAGUCUACUCACCAGCACACAAAUCAGCCAUCCUUAACAAGCUUCAUCAGCAAAAGGGCCUCCUGUCACCUGUUAAUACCAACAGGAUGUACUCUGCAAGGGGCCUCGAUCCAUCGGCACUUCUCCAUUCUCCAUUUGGUGGCAUGUCUCCUCGGUCGCCUCGGACCAUGGAGCCAACAUCACCCCUAAGUGCCCGUGUUGGAGCUACUGUUACACAGCGUGAGAUGUUUGAUCAGUUCUCUUCCCUGAACAAGCAUCAGGUGCCAUCUGUGGGUUCGCCACGGAAUCUUAAUGCUUCAUGGGGCAACAUUGUUGCCCCAAAGGGUAAGGUCGACUGGGGUGUUGACGACGAGGAGCUGGUCCGCUUGAGGCAUCCCUCACAGCUAGGAGUUGCAGAAGAGGAGCCAGAUGUGUCAUGGGUGCAGUCACUGGCGAACCAUGCCGAGCUGAAUGGUAUUAGGAGUGAAAUGGCAGGCAUGGCCUCCCGAUCAUUGAAUAGGCCUGACCUGAGCAAUCAGGCUGACCUAGUGGAUCACACGGUAAUUUCUUCUUGGCUUGAGCAGAUGCACUUGGAACCGAAGUGACUAUCGAGGGAACAAUCAUUUUACUGGGUUAGCUACUGAAGAAUAGUUAUUGGUCCUAGUAAAUAAUAAUUAUUCUAUUUUAUUCUUAAAAUUUUUGUUCGCAAAGUCAGAGAUGGUCAGAUGGUGGUGUUCAGCAAAGAAGCAUCCGGAUCCGGUCACAGAUUGGUAGCUGAAAGAGAAUUGGUAAACAACCUCACUUUCGGGGUCCUAACUAGUUCAGAUGAGGUAUAAUUCUUUUCAUUAGUUCAUAUGAGAUAUAAAUUCAUAUGUUCCACCAUUGGUCAUUGUGUUCCUGAUCUCUUGUAACAAGAGAAAUUAUAGUUGUCCUUUUUGUCAUUUAUCAAUGAAUGAUUUUGUGAAAACAUUGUUAAUUUCAAUUUAUUGCUCCGCCGGUGGAUAGUACAAUUUCGUUC